CCGGCCCCUGGCACGGGGGGCGGGCUCCGACAUCCACCCCCGCCCCUCGGAGGGCGGCAGGAGAGUUGAACUUGUGAGCCGGUCUGUAUGGGGUCGCGUACGCCGCUCGGCUCGGCCUGAGGAGAGCCCGCCCCGCCGGGGGUGGGGGGAGGACGAGCGCGGGUAGCCCGACCGAUGGAGAGGCGAGAGGACGGACGGGACUGGGCGUACAGGGUUGAUCCAUAUGGGUUUGAAAGGCCAGAUGAUUUUGAUUAUGAGUCCUAUGAAGCAUUCUUUUCCAGAUACCUAGUGGUACUCACAAGAAGAGCAAUAAAGUGGUCCAAGCUUCUAAAGGGGAAUAACAGUAUACAGAAGAGUUUAAAAGUGAAGAGAUAUAUCAGGAAAGGCAUCCCAAAUGAACAUCGUGCAUUGAUCUGGAUGAUUGUGAGUGGGGCCCAGACAAACAUGGAGCAAAAUCCUGGAUAUUACCACAGACUGCUUGAAGGAGAGAAGAAUGACAAGCUGGUUGAAGCAAUCAAAACAGACAUGAACAGAACAUUUCCAGAUAAUGUAAAAUUCCGCAAAACUGCUGAUCCCUGUUUGCAGCAUACGCUCUACAAUGUAUUGGUAGCAUACGGAAAUCAUAAUAAAGCAGUAGGAUAUUGCCAGGGCAUGAACUUCAUAGCUGGAUACCUGAUUCUUAUUACAAAGAAUGAAGAGGAGUCCUUUUGGUUGCUUGAUGCUCUUAUUGGAAGAAUAUUGCCUGAUUAUUACAGUCCUGCAAUGCUGGGCCUGAAAACUGACCAGGAAGUCCUUGGAGAACUUGUGAAAAUGAAAGUCCCGGCUGUGGCAGAGCUGAUGGAAAGACACGGUGUCAUGUGGACACUGGUGGUGUCACGCUGGUUUAUCUGCUUGUUCAUUGACAUUCUUCCAGUAGAGACGGUGCUCCGGAUAUGGGACUGUUUAUUCUAUGAAGGCUCAAAGAUCAUCUUCCGGGUGGCCUUAACAUUAAUUAAGCAACACCAAGCUUUUAUUUUGGAAGCCACAAAUUUCCCUGACAUUUGUGAAAAGUUUAAGCAGAUCACCAAAGGACCAUUUGUAACGGAGUGUCACACCUUCAUGCAGAAAAUAUUCACAGACCCUGGAAGCUUGUCCACGAGCACAAUCAACAAACUCCGAGAGACUUGCAGAGAGAAGCUGCUUUCUCAGGGAUAAUUCACCAGAUUUAGCCAGGUGGUCAGACAUGACAGCAAUUGACACAUUCCUCUGUUUGCACCAACUAAAGCACAGUUUAAGUUUUCCAUGAGUUAACUGACACUUGACCAAUUUUUUUCCUGCCUUUGAAGUAAGUGUUGUUAACACUUUGUACUGUACAUCAGACUUUAACUGGAACUGAUGGUUCUGUUGUUGUUGUUUGUUGUUGCUUGUUGUUUUUUUUUUUAAGGAUUAAAGUGUUUUCACAGUAGAAUGUGAUCAGUGUCAGAACACUCCUUUU